AUGUCAGGGAUUGCUAAAUCAAAAGACAACAAACCCGAACCAAUAGCAUACAGCGAGGCCGCACUGAGAAAUAAUGCGGCAGUGGUUGAAUAUUGCAGAACUUCAAUGGCUGCUUUAUCGGGAUCUACUGCAGGUGUUCUGGGCCUAACCGGAUUGUACGGUUUUGCAUUUUACGUAUUGGCAGUUGUAACCUUAUGGAUAAUGUUUAUGAUUAAAACUGGACCCAAUUGGCACAAGUAUUAUGUAUCGAGACAGAGUUUGUUAACAAACGGAUUUUUCGGUGCCCUAUUCACAUAUGUGUUGUUUUGGACAUUUAUAUAUGGGAUGGUACAUGUUUAUUAG